CUCAAUGUCACUAUAAAAAUCAUUUUAGCAGCUUCCUAGGCUUACUUUCGUUUAGGAUACAUCUAUGUAGAACGCUUCAAUUUGUUUACUAUAGGAGACCCCCUGCUAUGUGGAUAUUUGUUAGCAAUGACUGAUGUGGAAACUACAUAUGCAGAUUUUAUUGCUUCAGGAAGAACAGGUAGAAGAAAUGCAAUACAUGAUAUCCUGGUUUCCUCUGCAAGUGGCAACAGCAAUGAAUUAGCCUUAAAAUUAGCAGGUCUUGAUAUCAACAAGACAGAAGGUGAAGAAGAUGCCCAGCGAAGUUCAACAGAACAAAGCGGGGAAGCCCAGGGGGAAGCAGCAAAAUCUGAAAGCUAACACCCCACUUUGAUCUUCAACACCUGACAAUGUGUCCAAUCUCCAGGCCUGGCUGGAAUGCAUUUAUUUCCACGAGUGAAAAGGGGAAAAAGAAAAUGGCUGUGCUGCAUUGCAGGAACCUGCUCAUCAUCGUGUUAGAAAUGGGGGCAGAGGCUGUGGCUGCAGACAGACUUUUCUCUACCUCUGUCAUUAGCAAUGGUUGAAAUCAUGUGGCUUGUGUUUGGAUGUCAUUUUUGUCUGGAUCCUUUCACUUGACCAUGUGAUGAAAUGCUUGUAGAGAGUAGCAGCGACCUAGACGGUGAUCCUUCCUGUAGCAUCUGGCCCCUCACAAUGUCAGAGGAUUUAAUUGUGUCUAAUUGCAAAGGGUUGGUUGAACCCCAGAGUUUAAAUAUCUCUGGCCCAAGUAUUCACCCAGUAAAAGAACCAUCCAGAAAGCACUGUUUUUAGCAUUAUGUAUCUGUGUGUUCCUGCUGUGUUAUUUACACUGUUUUGUAUUGUACAAUAUAGAUGCUCAGCACUGCCCCCUUAUUCGAUUGCUUAUGAAAAACAAAAAUAAUGUAUGUUACUGUGAAUUUUUAUACCACUCAUUUUUAAAAGGGCUGCCUCUUUUUCUUCUCCAUAGUGUGGUGGUGUACACAGGAUACAACACACAUAUUUUUAACUUAAUCUUCCCCUUUAAUCCACUGUUUGGUGAAUUGGUUAAUUUUAACAGAUUCAUCAAGACUCCUUGCUUUACUAUACAGGCAUUUGAAAAUAUCCAUUAAUGUGAAUAUUACCUGAAUUCAGUCUGUUUGGUGUCUGCACAGACGAGAAUUUAAUCUGCAAAUUUUGUUUUAUUCUCAAGUAGGGAACUUUUCCCAACUAAUAUUUUUAUUUUUAAUUAUGAGGAUUUAGGAGAAUUGGGAAGGUGGGAAAGAGAAGCCAAGACAAUACUAAGAAGUGGAAAUAUUUUUUUGUAAUGGAAUUAAAUCUCUCACAGUGCUGUAUGCUCCUAUUUAAAUUUGGAGGACAAUUUAUCUCCGUGGAGCUGCAAAAGAUGGAGAAAAUGAUCUCCUUGCAAUCAUGUGGACACCAAUCACAAAAGUAAAGCCCUUGUGUUGUGUUUUUCAUGUCUUUUAUCAGCCCUAUCAGAUCCAAAUGUUAUUAUGCACUUUUUAAUGUUUGUAAACUUUUACUAAUAAUUAGUGUGAAUUGCAUUCUGAUACAAUAAUAGUCAUCAUUAGAAGUUAACACAAUCUUCAUUAAUACUGUUGAUGGCUUCUGCUGUGUUUUGACAUCAUGGUUCUUACGUGGAAAGGUUUUGUGAGCUGUGUAAUCCCUCUGGUCAGUAUUAUGAAAUCAUUUAUCAGUGGUAAUAAAUAAGGAACCAGUAAUAUG